UUUCUGGUCUCGGAUAGUUAUUGCGAAAAGCGGCCCAGGAUGGUGCUCGGACGGCUGACCCAUUAUGCCUUCGACGCUGUACUCUUCUCCGCAUUCCUGGCGGGAAUGAAACGCUCGACCGGUUUGACCUUCAAAACAGACAAGGUAGCCGGAGAGAACAAGGAGGUGUCAAAAUGGGUUGACAAGUACCUCGGCGUGGGCGAGUGGGUGAUGGACCAGUCAGUCGCCAUUGCUGGCUCGAGCGGAUGGUUUGAGCGGACCCGGUAGAC